AAGAAGUUAGUUUGGACAGAGCACAUAUCGUCGACAGAGGAAAGAUGAAGACUAACGUGGAGAACAGUCUCCGGUAAAAAGUUAUUUGCUAUAGGCAGAGAAGAAGUUUUUGUCAAUAGGUUUUUCUAUCGAUUGUAGUUUUGGACACUCUGCAGAGUACCUCAGUGUUCCACGCGCGCUACCGCGAUGCUGUUGCCCAGCAGCAUUCUGAUUGUUCUGGCGGUUAUCUCCUUCAAUAUAGAGAAGACGAAAGCAGAGGGGGGAUGUUCAGGAUCCUCAUGUGGAAAAUGUGACUGCAAUGGUGUCAAAGGGCAAAAGGGCGAGAGAGGACUACCUGGCUUGCAAGGCAACAUGGGAUUUCCUGGGAUGCAGGGGCAUGAAGGCCCUCCUGGGCCUAUGGGACCUCGGGGUGAUAAUGGAGAGUCUGGAUCUCCAGGACUCAAAGGAACACGCGGACCUCCAGGAUUGCCAGGUUUCCCAGGAAACCCAGGGCUACCGGGCAUCCCAGGACAGGACGGCCCCCCUGGACCUCCCGGCAUCCCAGGAUGCAACGGAACAAAGGGAGAGGCGGGGAUGCAUGGAAUCCCAGGCAUUGCGGGCCUCCAGGGUCCUCCUGGUAUUCCUGGAAUUACUGGAAUGAAGGGUGACCCAGGCGGUAUCAUUGGCGGUAUUAUGCCUCAGAAAGGUGAACCAGGACGUUCAGGACAGCCAGGGCUGCCUGGAGCCAACGGAUUCCCAGGCCCCCCAGGUUCAAUGGGUCCCCAAGGACCAUCAGGACCCAGGGGUCACCCAGGUCCACCUGGCCCAAAGGGAGACAAGGGUGACAGACUGUCUUUUGUGAGCGAGAAAGGCCAGAAGGGUGAUCCUGGGCUCAGAGGGCCACCGGGCCCACCGGGCACGACCAACGAACAGACCAAGCCCGACACCGGCACGAGCGUCCAGGGUCCUAAGGGAGAAAAAGGCGAUAAAGGUUUUUGUAACAUCGGUGUCAACGGUGUAAAAGGAGAACAAGGCCCUCCAGGACCUAGAGGAAAACCAGGAAAAGAUGGUGACUCUGGUUACAAGGGAGAUUCAGGAUACCCUGGCACCCCUGGAUUUGAUGGCCGACCGGGCGAUAAAGGAGAGAGAGGACCACCUGGAUUUGGUGGUGAUGGUCCCCCAGGCCCUGCUGGUCCACCUGGCCCUCCCGGCCCUGAAGGAGAGAGGGGGUACCCUGGUCUACGAGGCGACUCUGGACUACCUGGCAGGAAUGUUGAAGGCCCUAAGGGUGAGAGGGGUCUCCCUGGAGAGAUCGGACAGAAGGGAGACAGGGGCGCAGACGGACAGUCACUCCCUGGGCCAGACGGUCUAAAAGGAGCUCCUGGCCCACCGGGCCCACCUGGACCUUUAAGUGGCAUUUGCGAUGUACCACGUGGUAACCCUGGCCCCCCUGGAAAUCCAGGACUUCAGGGAGAAUUGGGACAGAAAGGUGAUAAAGGAGACACCUGUGUGCAAUGCUCUGCUUUUGGACCUCCUGGAUUACCGGGCCCUGCCGGACCAAAGGGAAAUCAAGGAUAUCCUGGCCCUGCUGGUUCUAAAGGAGACAAAGGUCUGGCUGGAACACCUGGUCGCCCUGGUGACACAGGUCGCGAGGGUACCCCUGGCCUAAUGGGCGUUCCUGGUGCUAUCGGUGAGCCUGGAGACAUCUAUGUGGCCCCCGGGCUCAAGGGAGACAAGGGCUUACCUGGCCGAGAGGGAAGCACAGGUUUGCCUGGCCUGGAUGGCCGUCCAGGAAGAGAUGGGUCACCAGGUGUACCCGGAUCCAAAGGAGAACCAUCUCUAAAAGGAUUUAAAGGUGACCGUGGUCGAGAGGGUGAUCCAGGUUUGUCAGGACCUCCAGGACCCCCCGGACCCCCAGGUGUCCCAGGGCAAGGCCGCCCAGGUGAACCAGGAGAGAAGGGUAGCCAUGGGUCACCAGGUGUGCCAGGAAACCCUGGAGUACCAGGCCCUAAAGGUGAUCCUGGCAAAGGCGUGAGCUCACCUGGCCCACAGGGCGCACCUGGACCACGAGGAGUGGAUGGUACACCUGGCAUUCAAGGUGACAGAGGACCUCAAGGUAACCCUGGAUUGCCUGGAUAUCAAGGAGUGAAGGGUGAUCCUGGCCAGCCUGGCAUUGGACUUCCUGGGCCACAUGGGGCUAAAGGACAUUCGGGAACACCAGGAGCACCAGGAAUUCCAGGAGAACCUGGUCGUCCAGGACGGGAUGGCAACCCAGGGUUACCAGGGUUUACUGGGCCGAAGGGUGAGCCAGGACGUGGUCUUCCAGGGCCUAAAGGAUCCAUGGGUCCACCAGGUGUUUCAGGCUUUCCAGGAACGAAGGGAAGCAUGGGUCCUCCUGGUAUCCCAGGCAUUGACGGACAGACUGGGCCACCAGGAGCUCAGGGUGUCAAAGGUGAUGGUGGACCCCCAGGACGACCAGGUCAAGAGGGACCACCUGGACCUCCAGGGUUUGGAGAACCUGGUAGACCUGGCCCCAUGGGACCAGCUGGAGAUCCUGGGCCCUUUGGUCAGAGUGGUGAGAAAGGAGAGAAGGGAUUCCCAGGAGCCCCCGGUCUGGACAUGCCAGGGCCCCAGGGAGAGAAGGGCACGUCUGGCUUCCCAGGACAACCAGGCUCAAAAGGUUUGCCAGGACGGUCUGGUCCCCCGGGACGAGAUGGAUUCCCCGGGAGCCAAGGUAUUAAGGGUGACAUGGGAAUGAUUGGCACGCCAGGGUUACCCGGGAAAGCAGGAACACCAGGAACUCCAGGCUCGCCCGGUCCCAGAGGCGAUCCCGGCGUCAGUGGGCCGAGGGGAGACUUUGGUGAGGCUGGGCCUACAGGACAGAAAGGAGAACCAGGUAUUGCCGGCCCGCCCGGCAACCUUACUGCCGGGGAGAUGGAGCACAUGAAGGGAGAGAAGGGCGAUAUUGGAGACAAAGGUCGCGUUGGCCAAACUGGACAGUUAGGCCACCAAGGAAUGCCAGGGGACCCUGGAGAACCUGGAAAGGAUGGAGAGGCUGGUUUACCUGGAAGCCCAGGUGAGAAAGGUGAUCCUGGCUCGAUUGGAGAGCCUGGAAGCACUGGAGAGCCUGGACAAACAGGGGGCAUGGGGGCUAUGGGAUUGCCAGGUUCGCUUGGGCCAAAGGGGGCCAAAGGUGUGACUGGUACUACUGGGCACACUGGCUUUAAAGGAACAGACGGGUCGAAGGGUGACAAGGGUGAUGCUGGCCUGCCAGGCAUCGGCGUUCCUGGAGCUACCGGAGAGAAGGGAGCCAGUGGCUUGCCAGGACAGUCAGGCCCUCCUGGUGACAAAGGAGAGAAGGGUGGUGAGGGAUAUCCAGGAAUGCCCGGAUCACCAGGAACAAAGGGAGACCCAGGACGAAUCGGAUAUCCAGGCAGUCCGGGACAGCCUGGCGAGAAAGGUGUUGUUGGGUUGCCAGGGUCACCUGGAGAACCUGGACUUUCAGGACGACCAGGAGAAGCAGGUUUACAAGGUCCCCCAGGGGACAAAGGUGACAAAGGUGAUCCUGGCAAGGAUGGAUAUCCGGGGUCCUCAGGAGACAGAGGAGAUCCAGGUACACCAGGUACAGGCCGCCCAGGUAACCCAGGAGAAUUUGGCUCCAAAGGUGACAAAGGCAGUCAAGGAUUUCCAGGAACACCUGGUCACCCUGGUGUCCCUGGCAUCAAAGGUGAUAAAGGACUUGCAGGUGACUAUGGCAGACCAGGACAGCCAGGAGAGCGAGGCAUUCCUGGACCCUCUAUGGAGGGGCCCAAAGGAGACAGGGGUACCCCAGGAACAGCAGGAGCACCAGGUGUCACUGGUACUCCGGGUCUUCCCGGUGUCCCUGGAAGUCUGGGGGCCAAAGGAGAGAAGGGAGACCAGGGAUUUACUGGACCUCAGGGAACACAGGGCUACAAAGGAGAGAAGGGUCCUCCAGGAAUUCCUGGUGAGCCUGGUCUUCCUGGUUACGGUGGAAUUAAAGGAGAGAUGGGCAUUCAGGGUUUCCCUGGUUUCCCAGGCCUUAAGGGUGAAAUUGGCACUGGCGGUUUUCCAGGAGACCUCGGAGACAGAGGAUUCCCUGGGCCCAAAGGUAAUGAUGGGCCUCCAGGACCUCCUGGCCCUCACACCUUAGUCAAAGGGGACAUCGGAUUACCUGGCCUGCUAGGACCUUCAGGACCUCCUGGGCCUCAAGGUUACCAAGGCGAAAAGGGACUUCAAGGUGUGACUGGUGCAAAGGGCCUUAAAGGGGACGAGGGGACACCUGGGUACAACGGACAUCCAGGCGCCAAAGGAGAGCUGGGUCAAACUGGAUCCACAGGACCCAGAGGAUUGCCCGGCCCCCCGGGUCCUGAUGGCGUACCUGGUCAGGUGGGCCCCCCUGGCCCCUCCUCCAUGGACCACGGCUUCAUGGUGACGCGUCACAGCCAAUCGACGGACAUCCCCCAGUGCCCGUACGGCACGACGCUGAUCUUCGACGGCUACUCUCUGCUCUACACUCAAGGCAACGAGAGAGCCCACGGGCAGGACCUGGGUACUGCUGGGAGUUGCCUGAGGAAGUUCAGCCCCAUGCCCUUCCUGUUCUGCAAUGUGAACAACGUGUGCAACUUCGCCGCCCGUAACGACUACUCCUACUGGCUGGCCACUCCUGAGCCCAUGCCCAUGAGCAUGGAGCCCCUCACUGGACAGAGCAUCAGGCCCUUCAUCAGCAGGUGUGCUGUGUGUGAGGCUCCUGCCAUGGUGAUGGCAGUGCACAGUCAGACCAUCAUGAUCCCUCCGUGCCCGAACGGCUGGGUCUCUCUGUGGAUCGGCUUCUCUUUCGUCAUGCACACUGGCUCCGGAGCUGAGGGCUCGGGUCAGGCCCUGGCCUCUCCUGGCUCCUGUUUAGAGGACUUCCGCUCGGCGCCCUUCAUCGAGUGCCAUGGCCGCGGCACCUGCAACUACUACUCCAACGCCUACAGCUUCUGGCUCGCCACCAUUGAGGAAGAUGACAUGUUUAGGAAACCUCACUCCGCAACGCUGAAGGCAGGAGAGCUGCACACACACGUCAGCAGGUGCCAGGUGUGCAUGAAGAGAACAUAAGCUCCUGCCGACUACGCCAAACCGCUGCACACCCGCCCGCCCCUGCGUCCAGCCCUCUCCACUCUGGGCUUCUAUUUUUUAUUUUUAUUUUUUUUUUGGUCAACAUAAAGUUUUAUGUCUUACAAGAAAAGAGUAAUCACACACACACAAAUACACUCACAGACAGGAUGGUGCUAUUAUUCCUCUUCCCUCAUGAGGAGAUGGACAAAUCAAGAAGAAAGAGAUUUUCAAAAAAAAGAAAAAGAAAAAGAACAUAACGGAGGCCUGGCUCAAGGCAUCUCUCUUCUCCUCAUCGUGAAAAGAGGAACACAACAACAACAACGAAAAAAAAAAGAAACAGAAAAUGAAGAAAAAAUAUAUAACCAGCUGGUGUCCCUCUACUUCCUUCUGCCCCUUCCCUCUGCUCAGUCCAGAACAUUCUAACUAACAUUGCCGCCCCGUGACAGUCGAGUCCUUUAGAGUGGAGCCCUUUACAUCUGCACUGACUACACCCUCCCCCCAUGUUAAAUGGGACCACUCUGAAGAGACUGGAGUCGAGUCAGGUGCUAUUGAUGAACAUAGUUAGCCUUAAUCUCACUUUUGCAAAGCCAAUUAUCUUAGCGCAUUUUUUUUUUUUUCCUUUCUUAUUUUGUUUUCUAUAUGAAAUCGUGCCACUUAUAAAGUACACCAACAGGUAUUGUGUUGUGUUUUUUCUCAAUCCUUUUGUAUUGUCUGUCGUUAUUUUUAUUUUAUUUUUUAACAUAUGCUAAUUAGUACAGUAUAUGGAGCAGUUUUUGAUAACAGAUGUUGUUGAGCAAUUUCUUUAGACUUUCACCAUAAGUUAUAAUUCCUGAUUGCCAGCACUAUUACGGAGCGCACAGCGGCGCUUUGUUGUAAAUAUACGGCUUCUUUAGUACUAAACACCAUGCCACUGUAUUCUCUUCAGGUAAUAAUUUGUGUGUAUUUUUUUUUUAUUUAUAAAAAGUUCAUGAACAUAUAUUGAGACCAAGUGGGAUUUAUAAGCAAUAGGUGAAUGGUGGAUGCCCCCCCCCCCCCCCCCCCCCCCCCCCAUCCUUCUUUUUUUGUGGUCCUUUUCACCCCCCUGGCUGGCUGCCUGCAGACUGGUGGUAGUAAUGAAUCAGCAGCUAUAGCUCUUUUGGCUCUGUUUGCUGUUGUGGGUGUGUGUGCGGUGGUGGUCAUUGCGGCUACAGCCUCACCUGUUUGUCUCAGUUCAGGGCCAUGCUGGGAAGAGAAGAGCAGGGGUGGCAACAAAACAUGUUUUUCACAGCACAGUCAUGUUGUGCACACGUGUGAGUGUGUGAGUGUGUGUGUGUGUGUGUGUGUGUGAGUGUGUGUGUGUGUGUGUGUGUGUGCGCGUGUGUGUGUGUCUGUGUGUGCGUGUAGCUGCUAGCUGCAGGCAUGUGUGUUACUCACACAGUGGCAGACAUUUGCUUUGCUGUGUUUAAUGUUGCAACAGUAAAUGUCACUUGCGAAGUGUUUUUCGUGCCACAGCCCCAGUGCUUCCUAAUAGUCUUCCUGUCCUGUCAGCGUUGGACUCUGAAGCCAUCCAAAGUUCUAUACCAAAGAGAGAUACACACUUACGUAUGUCUGUAUACUUACUUAACGCCCCAGAUGUUACACUGAUAAUACUUGACUAUGCAAAGAAUGCUACAGGCUCUCAGCACAUCAGUACAACUUUGUGUUUUUGUAACUGCUCUCGGCUUGCUACCUAGUUAACGUAGGUAGAUGAAUAGCAGCUAUAGGCGGAUCAGCAUUAGGUCUCCUCUCACGCUCUAGCCACUCAUUCAAGACAAAAAGCCAUAUAGAUACAGUAUGUAGAAGUGCAGCACAUUUUACUCCUGCUAUACAGUACUAGCGCUAGUAGUAGGCUAGGCUACUCAUAGUUCUUUUUUCCAGCUUUCUCAGGAUUUGCGCCGCUAUUUUGAGACUUCAGUGCCUCCUAGAAGGAAUCCUCUAUGCAAACACACACACGAACACACGCACAUACACAAACACACAGACACACACACAGACACACACAGACACACACACACCAUAUUUCUAUGGUCUUUUCCCUCACAUCCAUUCCACUUGAAAAGGUGUAGAAUUGAAGUCUGUGGUGUGCCGGUGGCCAGGCAGUGUUGUAUUAUUCCCUCGUCUUGUCGCCCAACGUCUCGCUGACCUCGUUCAGGCGUUCCCGCUAGUGCCUCUCGACUGUCACUGUUUCUGGGUCUUUGCGUCUGGGCCCCCGCUUGUCCCCGCGCGACAGGCUGAACUCUCGGAUGAGCCACUUGAGAGAUCAUCACAAUUCUCAGACGCUGACCCCCUUAUGUGCCUUGACUAACCACACCAAAACACAACAGAUGUUGUUUUUUUCCUAUCUCCCACUGUUGUCACUUCCCAUUUCCAUAUUGUGUAAGUCAAUAAAUAAAAUGAUUUGUAUAAAUGGG